AUGCGCGCGAACGUUUUUGGCUUCAUGCCGUACCCACUGCAAGUCCUCGUUGGCUUGCUCGCAUACCGCAGUAUGAGCGCGACGUUGUACGGACAGGGCAUCAGCCGCUUCUCGGCCGAAGAGAUAUCAGCGUUCAGGACGCAGAUCUGGGAGAGUUUUGAUGCGCUUCUUGUGGGAUCCAAGAGAAAGGGAUCGGUUCGCGACGAUAGUCCAUUUUGGCUCUUGGGAGGGACUGGGCCAUCGGAAGCGGAUUCUGUUUUGGGCCCUGAAUCUCGGAAGAUCGUGAAAAGUUUCCCGGCGCUUUUGGAUUAUGCGGAGAGAAUACACAGUCGGUAUUUCCCGGACUACGCACAAUGGGAGCGAGACCUUUGUUGA